AUGGCGUCACCACCUCCCGCCUUCUCGCCUGCCGGUUCGCCCCCGUACUCCUCAGCGCAGCUUCCGCCAUCGAAAAAGCGAGGCUCGGCUGCCGCAGACCUGGCCACAAACAACCCCUCCGUCAAGCGUCGCAAAGCAUCGGUCAUGUCCGCCACGUCGUCCGCCUCAGCCCACCCCCUCCGCCAGACCUCUUUCCCACCGGACGAGUCGCAAGGCCAGGUCUUCUCCCCCAGCUACCGAAGGUCCCCAAGCGUCGACACCAUGAGCCUGGUCAGCGGAAGCCAGGUGAGCGCUGCGCCCGCAAAGAAGAAGCGCGGCCGCAAGUCCAAGGCCGAGCGAGCGCGUGAAGCCGCCGAAGAGGCUGCCAGGGGCGGCACGCCAAGUGCCGUGAAUGGCGUCGCUCGGAGUACCGUCAGCAACGCCAGCGGCGCCAACAAGGCCGGCGCCGGUGCCGACGACGACGGUGAUGAUGGCGACGGCCCCGGGGGCGGCAUGGAGAUCCCCGAGAACGUCAACAGUAGCUCCGCCGCGAGAUCUAAAGAGGAGAUCAAGGAGGAGGAGCGGCUUCGGGCCAUAGUCAAGCAGCAGAUGACGGACGAGCAGUUCCACAGAUACGAGGUCUGGCAUCAGUCCAAGAUCCAGAUCGGCAACGUCAGAAAGUACAUCAACUCUGUCACGUCCCAAUCAGUACAGCCCAGCAUACCCCAGGCCAUGCAGGUCGUGUGCAAACUCUUCCUGGGGGACAUGGUGGAGGAGGCGCGACGCAUUCAGAGGGAACACCUUGCCGCAGGCGAGAAGCAGACCGACGUUCCCAGCGACAAGGAUAGUGACACCGAGCUCAGCGAAGCUUCGAAGCACCGUCGGCAGGCCCCUCUGCGCCCUGAGCACCUACAAGAGGCAUAUCGAAGAUGGCAGAGAUCGGGCGCGACUGGUGGCUCUGGAGGGAAGCUGAUGAUGUGGCAUCAGCAGACUGGUAACGGCGUCGACAGAUUUGCUGCACGUGCUGGGGGCAGAAGGAUCUUCAGAUGA